UGAGAAAGUUCCAACAUGUGGGGUGUGGAGAACGUGUCUGACAGCACCACCCCAAGUCAUCAAGACAACCCUUUGUUUUUUGUCUUCUCCAUCACCUAUUUAGUGGCUGCCUUGGGAAAUGUUUUGGGAUUCUUUGUUCUGAUAAAGUGUAAGAAGCUUCCCUUACAAAUCAAAGUCUUAUCCAUUAAUAUGACCGUUCCCGAUUUCCUUCUUGGAAGUGCCACUGGUAUUGCGUAUGGUUUUCAGUAUGCCUAUCCUAUUGCCAAAGAAGGCGAGGCAAUUUGCCAUGCUAUCUUCGACAUAUUGACAACCCUCUCUAUUCUUAACAUAACGGCUUUUGGAGUGGACCGAUUUCUGAGCUUAAAAUUUGCGUUAAAAUACCAACUCUACACAACGAAGGAGCGGAUGGUAGCGGUAUGUGUAGGACUCUGGAUUUUCAGCAUAGUUUCUGCUGUGAUUAUUCAACUAUUCAAGUCUGACGCCUUGUUGUUUAAAAUUGUUUUGCGCAGUGUAUUUUUAUCCUUGUAUGUGUUUUCCUACUUGAUGAUAUUGUCAAUCUACAGAAAACAUAACCGAGAAAUUAACGACCUCCAGUCCUUGUCGGCUUCUAGAAUAAUCCACGAUCAGAUGGUCUUCAGUAGGAAGAUCGUCCUUAUAACCGGGCCACACUUUCUUCUCUACUUACUGGCCAUCGUUGUUCACGUGAUCAUGUGCUUUAAGGAGAAUGUAGAAAUAUUACAGAUGGAAUUGGUUGUGUUAGGUAUUACAUUAAUCACAAUCUUUAUAAACCCAAUUUUGUACAUCUGGAGGUUUCGAGAGUGCAGAAUUCAACUUCUCUUGAUGCUUUGUAUAUGUAAUAGAAGAAGACACGAGAAUCUUUUGAAGGAGAGGAAUAUUUUAUACCAGCCGUUUUUGGAGGUUCAGCCUAAGGAAACAAUCGAAAAAACACUUGUAGUAUCUACACACAUGUGAGCCUUGCUUCUUAGUGAAUGUUUUUAAACACACUUUCCAUAUUUUAAAUGAAAUUUGUCAUUUCAACAAGCAUUUGAUUC